GGUGGCAUCUCAAGACUUACCGCACGCAGAAACAGCGAAGCGAAGCGGAAGAGGAAGAAGAAGCAGAAAGCGCGAGCUUCGUCUCCUUCGCAGCAGCACAUCCGUCUUCUUCUUCUUCUUCUUCUUAUUCUUCUUCAGAGAGAGGGAGAGAGAUGGCGUGGAGAGGGCAGCUGUCGAAGAACUUAAGGGAGCUCAGGUUCCUCUUUUGCCAAUCCUCCCCCGCCAGCUCCCCCGCCAGGUCGUUCGUGGAGAAGAAUUACAAGGAGCUGAAGACGCUGAACCCCAAGCUCCCCAUCCUGAUCCGCGAAUGCCGCGGCACCGAGCCCCAGUUGUGGGUCAGAUACGACUUCGGUGUGGAGAAGGGCAUCCGUUUGGAUGGUUUGAGCGAGGAGCAGAUCUUGAAGGCACUCAAAGAAUUUGCAAAACUGUAACCCGAUAGUUUUGGUUGCGCCGUCCUGAAUGAAAUAAAUCAUUUUCUGUAAGGACCAUCCUGUUAACUGUUUGUCCUUUCUGGGAUGAUUGCCGGGUGUUGGAACUUUUCUGUUAUUGAUCUGUUUGCAGAAUCAAUCUGCACAUCUGCUGCAAGUUCAACAGAUAUGGAUUAUGGCUAAUUGAAAAUGGUCUUUUGGGGACUC